AUGGCAACAACGAGAAUAAGAAUAGCGCUGGUGGUACCACCUUCGUCGCUUUUAAAAUCGUCGAAAAAGAGGAAGAGUUUAAGCAAGAGUUUAAGAAGCAAAAGAAGACACGAAUGUGUCAAAGUCGUAUCUUUUAACGAGAAUGGAUUCAUGUUCGUGGAAAGCGCGUUGGAUGCGACUUUGACGAGUGCGAUCGCACUUUCUGUCUUGUAUAGCUAUUAUCAUAUUUCCUCGUCUUCAAACGUGGAUGAUGAUGAUGAUGAUGAUGAUGAUGGUGAUGAUUUACGCACGAGAUGGACCGUCGCUUCUUUCCUCUCUUUCCUCCCUAUUUUCGGCUCCAUGAGUUGGUUUUUACCGCAACUUUCGUUCGGCUCGUGGGAAGCAGAGGCGAAGUCAGAGGGAGAAUUGAAACGGCAAAAGAGGUUCAGCGUGUACGUGCUGGUGUAUUUCAUCAGUUACGCGAGAUUUGGCGGGUUUGAUUUGACGAGGAAAGAGACGUGGUUCGUCGCGGCGACGUGCUUCGCGCACACGCAAAUCGAGUCGCCGUUUGGGUUGUUGAAGCCCGAACGCAAAGUUUUGAUGAAAGGUUUUGAUGGUGAUGAGGAGGAGGACAUCAACGAGAAUAGGAUUGUGAUCGAGGAAAUCGCGGCGAGUUUGAAAGCGAGUUUGUUAGGUACUAGUAACAGUAGUAAAGGAAUAGUAAAAGCGGAAGAGAAGGGACGGAAAAUAGAAGAGAGCGGCGGCGCCGCGGCGGUAAAAUCUUCGUUCGCGAAACACCUCGGAGAAUACAUCGGCGAACUUCAGGUGCAACUACAAAACCUACCCACGGACGUUCAAGAAGGUCGCAUUCGCGCGCAAAUCGAACGAGAAAUCGAAGCCACGGAACAAAUGUUGGAGAAGGAAAAAUCUAUAGCCUCGGACGAAAUCGAAAAGUGGGAUCGAAAGUGGAUGUUGCGAAGGAUGAGAAAGCCCGAGUUGAUCGAGACGUGUAAACAGAACGGCAUCAAAGGGUACUCGAAGCUGAAUAAGAUGGAAAUCGUUGAGAUGAUCGAAAGAUUCGAAGAUGAUGAUGUCGUUCAGUAG